AUGGGCGUUCAAAAGAUUGUGGUGGCUGUGAACAAGAUGGAUACCGUGCAAUGGGAUCAUGAACGAUUCGAGGAGAUUGAACAGCAGAUUUCCGCGUUCUUGACGACUGCGGGCUUCCAGGACAGCAACAUUUCGUUUGUGCCGUGCUCAGGAGUUCUGGGAGACAACAUUGCUCGACGGACUAGCGACCCUCAUGCGUCCUGGUAUACAGGUCGUACAUUGAUUGAAGAGCUGGAAACGUCAGAGCCAUACACGCAUGCCCUCGAAAAGCCUUUGCGCAUGACGAUUGGUGAUGUCUUCCGAGGUGGCGUGCAAAGUCCGCUUUCCAUCUCUGGCCGUAUCGACGCAGGCAGCUUGCAGAUGGGCGACCAUAUCCUGGUCAUGCCCAGUGGUGAAACAGCGACAGUGCGCAGUUUGGAGGUGGACGGUGAACCAAGUGACUGGGCGGUGGCAGGUCAAAACGUCGUUUUGAACAUCGCCAAUAUCGACCCUAUUCACCUCCGUUCCGGCGACGUCGUCUGCCGUCCUUCCUCCCCCAUUCCUACGAUUACUUCUUUCACCGCCAAGGUUCUGGCCUUCGAACACAUGAUGCCGAUGCAAGUGGAUGUGCACCGUGGCCGUCUACAUGUACCUGGUCGUAUCAGCAAGCUGGUAGCCUCUCUGGACAAAGCGUCAGGAGUGGCUAUCAAGAAACGCCCUAAAAUUGUGGGUCCGGGUGUCGUUGUGCGUGUUGUGGUUGAGAUGGAGCAAGCUGUUCCUCUGGAGGCACCGACCAGGAUUGUCCUGCGCGCGGGAGGCUCAACAGUGGCUGCUGGUUUAUUAGAAUGA